CAUAAACGUACACACACACCCGUACGCGCGUACACUUGCUCCAUAUACGUACUCGCAAAACACGGGCGUGCGCCUUGGCCCGUUGUUUGUCCGCGAUCGGUGCACGUCGGUCCGCACACCAGUGUGCCGCAGGGGAUGCCGCCGGGACUGUAAGAGCUUGUCAUCAGCCGGGUACGGUACGUGCCGAGCGUUAUUAUAGUAUAUACAUAUUGUUAUUAUAAUCGUCAGAUCAGCUCUCGCAUAUCACAGCCGAAUUCCGCGGCUUUGUUUUUUUUUCAUAUUUUAUAUUCGUGCGCGCACCCGCGCCGGAUGUGUAGCAGCGUCAGAGACAGCAGGACGGUCGCCUGCACCGUGACGGUACCGCGGUUGAUGAUUACCGAAGCACCGGCCGGCCACUGCCGCCGUCCGCAGGAGAACACCGGUACUGCACCACGCCGUUAGAGCGUAGCCGCGCUACGCUCAUCGAAGACCACUGCAUCGCGGCUUACAGAACCGGCGGCGGUGGCUGCUGCGGCGGUAAAACCUGUACGUACCGCGCCAUCACAGUCACCGGCACGGCCGUCCAUAAUGGGCACCGUGCUCAGCAUCAGUCCCAAAGACCGAAAGUCCGUGUACCCGGCAAUGGCCAGCAGUGCCAGCGCGACCGAGUUCACGCUCAGCAGCUUCACGUACGAGCAGCUGACCAAGCGCCGGCACGCCGACGUCAUGGCCGGCCGUAGCAUAUCCAUGAUGCUGCCGGCCAACAUAAAUAUCAAUACGAUCAACAACAACAUCAUCAACAACAACAACAACAACAACAACAACAAUAACAACGUGGAGAACAACUGCAAGAUUACCUCGGGUGGCGAACAGCAGCAGCAGAAGGGCACUCUGGAGAAAAGCUUGAAAAAACAUUCGGCCCUGAUCAAUGCCCUGAGUUGGAAACGUUUUAGCACGUCUCAAAACAAAAAAAAAUUGGACAACGGUAUGGCCGUCAACGCCGCCGGGGUCAAGUCCAAGCAACUGUUGGCGUGCCGACAACCGUUGGUGGACACUAACGCUAACGUGGACUGCGGCAAACCGAACGGUGGCGUUCGUCGAUCGGUCACCACGACCGGGCUGGACGUGGCCAACAACAACAACGGCGGUUGUACCGAGAAACUGGUGCCCAGGGCUACACUCGUGCCGUCGCACACGUGCCACAACCUCGUGCCCAGAAAGACCGUCAUACAGGCCAGCACGUCCGAGCUGCUCAAAUGCCUAGGCAUCUACUUGCACCACAAGUGCUACAGGCUCAACGAUUUCCAGGCCGGCGAUGCGGUCAUGUGGCUGAGGACCGUCGAUCGGAGUCUGCUCAUACAGGGAUGGCAGGUAACGUAUACCUUAUUUACCGUAUAAUCGUUCGGUCAAAUAUUUAUUAUCGAUAGCAAUCGGAAUUUCGCGCGUAAUAAUUCUAAUAAUAAUAAUAAUAAUAUUAUGAAACGGAUCGACCGGAUUAUGCAGAAACCAAUGCUGAUUACGGACCCUGUCCAAUAGGAAAACUCCGUCCGGCGUUCUUAGCGGACGUUCUGCCCCGGAUAUUGGCGGUAUAUAUCAACCCGUCGAUGAUAUGUAUAAACGUAAUACACGACAUUUGGCGUUUUAUUUCCCGAUUUUUCCUGUCACCCGCCGUCGCGCAAAUAUUAAUAUUUGUAUAUCAUUACGUUUAUAUACGACAUUUGUAUCGGUUUUCGCGGAGUGGGUUUAUGUAGCGCGUGCCACGUAUUACAAAUGUACAAACGACAGGUUCACAAUAAUAUUAUUACAUAUGGCCUCAUUGAUAUUCUCGUAGCGCCGCCACCGUGCCGUUUUGCAAACGAUUCGACCCCCUCAAAGUGCCCGCUGCCGCCGCCGCCGCCGCCGCCGCCGCUAUCACCACCGCGACCAAUACCACCCCCGACUUCCUCGACGUCCCCAGACGGCACGCGGCGGCCCUCUCGUACCGCACCGCACCGUGAUCCACCGACCCCGUUCCCGUCCACACCUCUGCGCGCUGCCACCGGAUCUCCCCGCCCCGCGUCACCCAGAGUGCCAGGCCGUACGCGUCGCGUGAUUUACGCAGAGUUCACCGCCACGCCGCCCCGACAACCCUCCCUACGCAGACCUUCUCCCCUACAGUGUUUCUAGAAAACGUCACCGCCGCCGCCGCCGCCGCCGCCGUCACAGCUCUAUAUACCACGCCGCUCCCCUUCUUGUAAUACACCCUCGUUCUUCGCUGUACACCUAUUGACGGUCCGAUGACGUGUACUAUAACUUAAGAGUAAAAACGCAAUUUUCCCCUUUUGAACCCCCUCGCCGUUUUGCUCACCGUAGCAAUAAAUUAUAAUGCAGUGUCGAUUAUAUAGGUCUCCCCCGAGUCCAAGCGGAGCCACGUCGCGUAACUCCGCUACCUAUGUUUUCGGCGUUUCCCUUAUUUUUUUUUUUUUUUUUAUUUUUCACCGCCCUCGGAUUGCAAUAAUAAUGGCGAAUUCCGACGGUUGUAUUACUACACUCGUCGUUAUAUACGCGAAUAAGCGCAUUGGUAACGGAGGGCGUGAGAAACGCCGGGGAAAUAACGCGCGAAAGGAAAAUCCAAAAACGCUGAAAAUACCGCAUGAGAAUAUUAUCGUCGAAUAAGAAUAUUAUCCUUCUAUAUGUUCUAAAAGGUACAAACUAAAAAAAAAAAAAUUAUCGUAUAUAGUGUGUGUGCGCUGUGGUUUCGAAAACGUCACAAUUUGAACCCUGAUUUGUAUAAGACCGAACCGAAUUCUUUUUAAAAUGACCGAACUUGGCAAAAAAAAAAAAAAAAGUCAAAAGUUUUCAAAAGAAAUGUAAAAGGAUGCGAGAUGCCAGCGUGACGUGCUGGUCUAAUAAACGCGUGACUCGCAGCAAACUUGCGUUCAGCAGGAUCGAUUUUUCGCCGUUCGUUUUAAUAACAUAGUGAAAAAAUCCGUUGUCAGACUUACAAAAGUUUAAGAACUAUCUGCGUGUUCGUACGUGUUGGAUUUGUCGACAUUUUAAAUUGUGUACUACACGGGCUCGUGUCGCGCUAGAAAAUCGAAAUAACGACAACGAAACCCCGCCGAUGAUUUUCUUACAUUUAAGUCCGAUAACGGAUCGGCUUAUUGUUAAAAAAAAAAACCGACCUAAAAUUAAUCUUACUGAAAGGGGAAACUUGUACCGUCAUACGCGUUUUUUUUUUAUUAGACGCGUAAUGACAACCUCUCGAUUCUCCGAUUCUCUCGACGAAUUUAAUUUAUUGUAUAUAUACUAUAUAUUUAAAAAAAAAAAAGACCGACAGACUUCGGCAUGCGAGCAGGCCACUGGUGAGAAGUUGGGAAGGUAGUAUAUUGGAAAUUGAAUGUAUAUCUGUACGCAACGAUUAACCGUUGCCAACGAAAAAAACGAUUCUGGGCUGAGUUCGGUUGAUAGUGUAGCUUUGUCAUCAAUAUGUAAUAUGUCAUAUUGUGGUAAAACAAUUGCGUAUGUAUUUUCUUCAAUACUAUUUGUUUACUAUUGUACUUAUUUUCCCGUUUUCCCUACGUUUUUUCGAUUUAUCGGGAAAACUCUUGGGAAAAAUCAAAAAAAAUGACCUCCUUAAUGUGCCUGCCCAGUUCGAUUUCCUUCUAUAAAAAGCGCGAUCAUUAUAAAUCGGAACAAAAUUGCUGGUAGAAAAGUUGCCCGCGGAAAAAAAAAAAUAAACAUCGUUGUGAAAUCAACACACUCGGAAUCUAAAAUAGUCAUAAUCAAGGGCCUGUACGUCCCGUCGAAUUCGCUCGUCAAAACGGAUUCGGAUUUCGAUUUCUCCGCGGUUCGCCGUGUCGAUUGGCGUGCACCGGCCACCCGGCGGCCCGGCGUAUAAACAACCAGGCGUCCGAAUCGUCGUUUCUCACGGGUUGGCCGCACUACGCAGCAAAUUUCGCGGGCCGCCGACUGCGGCGUUUUUCCGCCGUGGAAAAAGCGGCGGUGCGGUGGCGGCGGCGUACGCGAUUCAAUCAAUAUUUUUCACACACGCACACGCAGACCGCCUAUACGACACCCUGUACAAUAUCAACACGCUCUAUAGGUACCGCACGCGUAUGCGGCCCACGAUGUUCUACAGCAUAAUGCGCCGCGCAAAUAUCAUAAUAAUUUCCCGUUCCCCGCCCAUUCCGUCAGGUAAUCGCCGUGUACGUAUUAUAAUACACUACGCAAAACACCAGUGUUUAUUUUUCUUUUCAUUUUUUCUUUUUAAUGGUCGUUUUUGUCACUCUCGUUUCCCCUCGCGCCGUUUUUCUUCUCGCGUAUACGCUGCGCGGCGACGCCAUUUUAUGUAUACAUAAUGAAACGCGGGCACGACUAACGUGAGACAAAAAAAAAAAAAAACCGCGCAAUAUUAUCGCUAAGAGGCGAACGGUAAGGAAGCGCACGAUAAGGCUGACGGCGAACGCGCGUGUCGUCGAUUCGUUUAUCCGUCGGAGGGACUUUAUACCUACACCCCGUUCACGGGCUCCGGAAAAUAUCCAACAAACCGAAUAUAAUACGCAACAGGAAGUGUGUGCGCUUGUAUCAUUAUAAUCACUUGUUCAUUUUUUCGUUUUUGUUUGCCCAUCAAACGUUUAAACCGAAACUUUAUGCUGUGCGUCGCGUUGAAACGUAACACGAAACAUUCAUCGAAACUUAGCCCACGCACCUCCGAAAAUAAUUACUAUGCGCGAAAAUCGAAAUGACUAACAGAAUAUCUGUAGGUGGGUACGGGCGAGUUAAUCGUUAGCUUUCGAAUUGCAAACCCAUUAAACGUUCGUUAAAAGUUUUAAGAGUUUCGCGUCUCCUAUAUAGCAUUAUUACCGUCACUGUUCUUCUGACAGUUAUCAUCUAGCAUACAUGUAUUUUCAGAAUUCUGACGGUGCUUUGGUUCUAAUCGAAAAUCGAAAAGUGACCUCAUUUAAGUACCUUCCCACGCCGAUUUCUUUUCAGAAAAGGUGAUGCACUUAAAAAUCUGAGCAAAUCUUUUGAUAAAAAAGUUGCGCACAGAUAACAAAAUAAUAAUAAUAAACAUCUUUGUAAAACCAUAAUAUGCUUCUUCGUUCCACUCAGAAGUCUGAAGUCGGAAACAAAAUUAUAGGUUGAACGGAAAUUAUUUACGACACGCCGCGUCGCAUCGUUACUAAUUCCAUUGCUUUUAAUUUUUACAAACUAUGUUUUCUACCAGAAAUAUUGUUCCAAUAGAAAAACGACAAGAGAUUUUUUUUGUUGGGGUUUAAAACUUAAUGCUCACAAAAAGUCGUUUUUGGAUUUUCCAAGUAGUUUUCAUAAUAUUUGGGGAAAUCGCAAUAAGGCGAAAAAAGAAAAACGACCAAAUUUACGGCGUACGAUUUUAUUAUUUUAAAUUUUAUUUUUUUGUUGUAAUUCAGUAAAAAAUAUCGGUGAUACACGAUUGCAGACGGUUCUUAUCUGGACGACAUUUUUAAUAACACGAUUGCGGACGAUUAUAGUUUAACAAUGGCCCCCCGGAAACGACACGAUUGCGUAUAAAUGUUGCUAAAUUUAUAAAUAAUAUUUCGGUUAUGUAGUAUUUCUGUUAAACACUACAGUACUAUAGUGUCCAUGUCUUAUACAGUCUACAAGUGCAUGUUUUUUUAAAUUGAAAUUGAAAUUAUUGUAUCGAAACACAGUAAAGAUUUAGUUUAACACAAUAGAAAUAAACAUCGAUAUAGACGACAGCGGAAAGAUGAGAACAUAAAAUGGUUUUGUACAAAUAAAGAUUGCAGUGCAAGUAUUUUAACGACAUCAGAGAAAAAAUCUAUCCUUGAAUCUUCAGAUGAGCAUAUCUGCGCUAAUAACUCUGUACAAUAAAUCGAGCGACAGAUAUUAAGGGAAAACUACAAAAAGGAAAUGUAAAGAAAACUUAUUUACUGAGUCAUUAAAUUAAUAACAAAACUAUUAAACAACAAACUAACAGAGAUAGUUAAAGAAGAUAUCAAAACUAUGAGGAAAAUCGUGUAUGAAAAGAGACGAAAACAUUAACUAAUGUUUUCAAAAUCUUUAAAUGAAGUAGUUGAUGAAACUUAAAAAUUUGCAUAGUGAUAAUUUUUUUCAAUUUCAUGGUAAUCAAUUUGUCCAUGUUCACGAUGACAAAAAUAUUAUUUGCUUAACAAUUAUGUCAAUUAUUAGUUUACUAACGGAGAACACAGAAUUCUUUGAAGAUGGGACAUUUGAUUAUGAUCAUAAAAUUGAUAAUCGUUGGGCUUAGAGACAGCGUCGCACAACUUGACAAUGUUAAACCAUUAAAUAUCGUCCGGAAUCGUGUGAUUUUUUCGGUAUAAAAUAAUAUCUAUUAUCAUUAAUAUUCGUCCACAAUCGUGUUUCACCCAAAAAUAUUCGUAGAUACUUGAAAUUUUGAUAGAAAACUUAAAUUUGCUUUUUCUAGACUUUUUCUCGAGGAAAAAUCGAGGAAAUUCCAAAAGUUAAUGGGAAAGUUUAGUCUAUACUCUAUCUGCUUUUUAAGACAGUGGAUAUCCACCAAAAAAACCCUGAAUUUUGUAAUGAAAGUAUACGAAUAUUCCUUUGUGAAAACACAUAGAAAUAAUGAUGUCACUGUUUAGAGAAUUAUAAACAAACAAAUACGAGUUGACUAUACAUACCUGAUUCUAUGAUUCUAUGAUUUAAUAGUUUCUGCACAGGUACUUUUUAUUGCGUUGAAUACAGACAAAUAUUUCAAUUGAUCGUUAUUGGUAAUGAAAAUUAAUUUGUAUUUUUUAGUUUAACGGUGUUCCUAAAUUUACCAGUACAAUAUUGCAUGCAGUAUAGUUAUACAUUAUAUCUGAUGGUCAUAAAGAGAAGAGGAUUUUAUGGUUUCGUUAAUUAUUAUUUGCCUUUUAAACGGUUGUGUUUUGUACAUUGUACAUAUACAGCGUUUAACUUUUAUUCACGAAUAAAUACAAUUAUUUAACUUAAAAUGUUGAGUUAAAUUCCUUAAACACGUCAAAUUUCAAUUUUUACCUAAAAUCUGACGUAUAUUUUAAUAUAGAAUUUAUGUGGAUACAUUCUAUUUUUGCAUUUGUUUUGUUAUCAUAUUUUUGAGUAAAUUAUUUCAACGAAACUUUAAAACUGUAUUGAUGGUAUUAAAACUGUCCGCGAGUUGAACGAAACGAUAAGAUUUCUAACUCGCGUGCAGUCUUAUUGUAUUGCAUUUAUUUUCUUCCAGUUGUAUAGUAAUAAUUAUGAACGCAAUUGUACUAUAUUAUAUAAUAUUGAAUAUUUUCGGUGUUUAAAACACCCACGUAUAUCUAUUAUUUAUAAUAUGUUAGACUCUGAGAAUAAUAGUUAAACGAAUAAUGGUUAAGAAGUCUUUUUUUAUUUUUUUUAAAGUUUAAAUUUUAACGAAAAUCGUAAUAAUCACGAAAAGCUGUAAAUUAUAUUUACAUGUUUAGCAGUUUUAGUUUCUAGAGAAAGGUUAGGAUAAAAACCUUUUAGUUAUGAAAAACAUUUUUAUCAAUUUUUAUAAUUAUUAUUAUAUCUUAGAAACACGGAAGACAGACCGUAUAAUAUGAAAGUUUAAAAUUAAUUUCAAUUUUCAAAUUAAAAUUAACAACCAAGCUUAAUAAGCUCUAAUUCAAAAUUUGUUUUUAUAUAUACCAAUCGUGUUUACGAACUUACAGGGAGGAAGGCAAUUUUUUGCUUUUAACAUAUCGUACGAAUCGUAUAUGAGUAUGGAAGAAUAAUAUUGUUUUUUUCCGUGUGCUGAUUAGAAUAAAAACAUGUUAUUUUAUUCGAACGUAGAAAUGUAUCUGUAAAACGAGAGUGGAUAACUUGAAAAUGUAGAUCGAUACCGCAUUUGCGCAGUUAUACACACGUUGACCCAAGUUUGACCCAUUUAUUUUUUUCGCGUACUUAAUUUCAAAAUUAACAAAUAAUAUAUUAUAAUCUACCGUACCCAAAUUCUUGUUUAUCAUUUAUUAAUACGUUAUCCAAACAUAUUCAACGUAAUGGAACGUUGCACAAGUUAAAAAUAUCACGUUUAGCUGGGUAACAUUAUAAAUAUAUCUAUAAUUUAUAUAUUAUAUGUAAGCGGCUUUGUCCUGACUGAUUGACUAAAAAUCAAAGUACAACCUAAACCCCUGGGGUUAGUAGAGACUUAAAGUGUUUACAGUAGGUGAACAUGAUUUUUAUACGGUAGGCAUCUACUAAAGAAGAAUUUUUGAAAACUACAGUGUUUUUCAUAUUUUUGGAACAAAAUUUAAAUUUUAUUUGUUGAUUUGUAAGUUACCUUGGCAACAUGGAUGAUAAAAUUGUUGUCACGGGCAUGAAAACUGUUACAAUUAUUACUCAUUUUUUUUCAUGUACUGAAGCUUAAGGGACCAUUAAGGUUCAAUGCCAUCAUCACGAACUUUUUCCACUCCUAUCUUAUUAUACGCCAUUUCCAUCUGAACUCCUUUUUGUAGUGUGUUCAGAUCCUUCAUAACAAAGUCCCUCCAUCAUAUUCUAGGUCUGCCUAUAGGUCUUUUACUUCUCAUUUCCCUCACUAAUACUUGUUUAAUAAUUUGGUCAUCCGCCCUUCAUACAUUUUACCAUUCCAGAAAACGUUUCGGAAAUCUAAGAAAAAAAUGUUAAUAUUAUCAGAUAUCAAAGGGCGGAAAAUCCGUGUCUUUGAAGAUACGACGAUGGGAAUGUUUUAGAACAUUUUUACUAAACGAUAAAGUGAUUUUCAAGCAUAAAAAACACACAGAUAUCGGUAUAUCUGUAUACAUUUUUUUACUAUAAUAUACACUUGGUAUCUAAAACGUAUUAUGCAUGUAUAUAUGUAUUAUAUCCUAUUCCUAUAAUCUAGGCAACUAUAUAUGCAUAUAUGCAAGUUGAAAAACGAUACAAUCCCUGUUAUUGAAUAUAAUUUUCACCGUUAUCGAGAUAUAUUGUCCCAAAUUUCGUACGUACCAACCAAGAAAAUAAAUUCCGAAAAAAUCGUUCGCAAAUUUCUAUAUAUAAUACGGUCGAUAUACUCAAACAGCUGUCGCCAGCGAAUAUAAUUUAGAGCGAUUGCUGAGCGAAUAAUUUCGUUUUUCAUAUAAUAUUGGGAUAAUUCACAACCGUAUAUAUCUAAUGUAUACUAUUAUAAUGGUAUAUUCUGUGUUGCGGACAUUUUAUUAUAAUAUCCACUUUAAUCCUGCAGAUAUUAAGGAUCGGGAUCAAUAAUAAAAGGGUGUCGGUUUUUAUAGCAUCCCGAGUCCAAAUUGGAUUAUAUUUGGUCACCGCAAAAUCGGAUUAAAAACGUCAUAAAUAAAUACGCGGCCCCUUUAUCGUAUUACUAUAAUAAUAAUGUGUACGCCGCAACCGUGUGUUUCGUACCAAUAUUUAUUUUUCGGGGCUACGUACAAUGUUGUAGUUUGUUUUAUGGACGCCGCCGUGGACCUGCGUAUAAUAUGAUGGUGUAGGUACCGGAUGCGGAUUCGACGCGUACAUAUGAAUCAUUUAUUACGGCGUAUACUGUAUAUAUUAUCAAUACAUAACCCCUCCGGCCGUCUAAAACCAUCAUAAUCAUAAUAAUAUUAUCGUAUACUAAUAAUAAUGUCACGGACUGCAGCUAAACGUACGACACGGUUUCGUUUCGAUAUUACCACCGCGACACGCGUUACAUAUUAUAAUAACAUAAAAGUAGAACACAAUGUUUGUACAUACCUAUACCGUAUACAGUACGGGGCCUUUUGAAAAGCCAAAAUCAACAAGUUCCAUAACGAAAUAUCAAUUAAGUCGAGCCCAGGUGUUUGCGUACACGUUGUUUGCGGCGGACUCGUCGACCAGCGUUGAAUUCGUUCAAAGCGGCAACACGUACCCGUUCCUAUAAUUUGUUGUCUCUAAAAAUAUACGAUCGGCUCAUUAUCAUUCGUCAUUUUUUUUUUUUUUGUCCACGUUAAUCGUCAUCAGACAAACUUAAUAAUAAUAAUAUAUCUCCAGCAAACCAUCACUAGCAAACUGCCUAUCUUCUACUAUAGAACUAUGUAAAACAAUAUUUGACCAUACAAAUGGCAAGGGCGAGAGUUAAAAAUUUGAACACCCAAAAAGCACAAAAAUUUAUGUUAACGCCAUGCGUACACUAAAUGUCAUACCUCUUGGCUUCGUUUGGGGGACUAUAGAGGUGUAUAAAGCGGGAAAAUACUAUACUCCCGAAACAACACUAUGAAAUUUAUAUUGAAAUUCGACCAAAAUUAUCCUGAGUUUGAAAGCUCAUUAUUGGUCCCGAGGGAGCCACUAAAAGUGUCUAAAAGUAGCAGGGGAAAAAAAUAAUAUAGAAUAGUACACAACACAGUGCAAGGAAUUUCACAUAAAUUACCCCCCCCCUAAAAUACACCAGCCAUAUAAAAUUUGCUACCAGAAACCUCAAUCACUGAAGUUGAUGACCGGAGCAAUUUUUUCGCAGACAGGAAAAAAAACACUCACAUCAUAGUAAAACUGCAAAUACAUUCACCGUUUCGUUCUGAAUCUCAAAUAUAAAACACGCGAAUCCAUAAACGAGUUCUUUUCUAAAUCUCGUAGUUAAAAUUCUAGAAAUCACUACAGACACCAAUGCCAAUACAAAUGGUUCUUAGUGUUGAAAGUUUUUGAGCGUAAAUCGAUUGGAUAUUUCGAUAGUGAUGAAACGCUGUCGUAAUUAAAAACACGCUACGCUCGUAAAUAUUCUUUACGAUUCGUUUUUUAAUUUAAUUUAAUGAAAUAUUAUAUAACGUGCGGGGGACAACCGCGUUCUAAAGUCUCUUAUUCAUGUUGUUUUAUCGAUUUCGCCGACAAACCGCAGAGCUGCAGACCACAAAAUAAUGCGCAUUUUGGUCGAAAAACAACUGUAUAAUAAAACGCGGGUAACGGUCGACGGCGGCGGGUAGUAGCUAGUUGUUUCCCGCACAGGGGUUUAAGGGAUUUCAUCGAAAUCGUGCAGACGGUUUCUGCUGCGGGAAUUUACCAAAACUAAAUAAUCGAACCGACCGAAUCCCCCAUCAACUGAUUAAACAACACUUGAUACAUAUAUAAUAUGUACGGGGUCUUCCGAAUUCCAAAAUAGAAGGAGUAUAAUCUAGAGUGCCCAUGUUGUUACACUCAAAACGGUUACACACAAUUUAAUACACCCUGUGUAUACCCCAGCGGAUUACAGACAAAAACAACCGCGGCAUUGCAUACACGAUGAUUUGCCACCGACUAAACGUUGGCGUUUUAUUUCUAGUCUCGUAAUAAGGAGUGACUGUGCACAUUGAUGCUGCAGUUUACCAAUACUGUAGUUACUGUGUAUAUUAUCGUCUAAACCGUAAAGCCUCUCAAAGCGAAAUGAUUAUUGUUGCUGUAACCUACCCCUUGUAAGUACUUAUAUGUGUUUUGGUCGUACAAGAUACGACCCACGUAAUAAAAUCAAAUGAAUCGUGUUUAAAGGAGGGAGCGAUGAUGAAGAAUUCAAGUUUUUUUUUAUUCACAUAAAUUACUUAGCCGUAUUAUAUAUUAAUUGUAUCGAUUUCGUUUUGUUUUACGAGAAAAAAAUCUCUGUACACAAUGCCGAAGUUAAGUAGAAAAUAAUUUGAAUUUCAUUGAGGUUUUUAGUAAAGCUGACGGUUUUAAUAUUCCGGUUUAUCAAUUUGAAUCUAACUUCAAAAUUAAUAGCAUUAAAAUGUAAAUGAUAUAUUACAGCUCACUAUUUCACGUGUACAUGCUUUUACGUAUUCACAUAAAAUUAACAUUCGAAUAUUUAUAAAACCGUGUAGGAGAGCGGAGAAGAAGGAAAAACAAAGAGCUACAAGAAGUGUUUAGUGUAGAAACGAUUAAGAAAGGAAGGCUGCGCUGGGCAGGAUAUGCAAUGAGGAGCCAGAAAUUUCUAUUAAGUACGGUAUGGGAACAGAAUACGGUAGGAAAAAGACCCUUGAGAAGACCAAAAUUGAGAUGGGAAGAUAUAGUUAUGAGGGAUGUGGAAGAAUUAGGAGGUGAAGAAAAUUUAAAUGAUUUGACAAUGAAUAGAAUCGGCUGGAGAAUUGGUUGUGAGACGGGAUGGCCCUAGUGGCUGGAUAACCCAAAAGAAAGAAAGAUAAAACCGAGUAGUUAAAAAAUCAUUGUACACGCGUAAUUAUUCUCAUGUAUGUUUGCGUUUACGUUAUUUGCGUAUUUCACGUUAUUUUCAUGUGUACACGUAAUUUACGUUUUUAAUCGAGACCUAGUCAGUGGCAUGGCAAACUAUUAUAAAUGGGCCAAUUUUUUUUCAUAUGACACUCACCACCUUUGUUUUAUGUCAAUCGGAUUACUUUUUUUUGCUCAUACAGUUCAUAGAAAUGAUUACGUGUAACUUUAGUAUACCAGGUGAUCUAUUUAAGUGGGUACAUUCAUUAUCUCGGAAAGUAUUAACUUUUUCGGAAGUUGUUUUGUAAAACAUUUAAGAAACAAGCAAUUCUACAAUUUUAUAUUUAGGUAUAUAAUUUUUUCACCCUUAUUUUUGGGGGGUAAAAUCACUAUUUACUUGAUUUUCAAGUGGCGACAUAUAUUAAAAAGUAAUAAAUAGAUGAAGUAUCAAUUAAAAUAAGGUUUAGUGUUAUUUCUGUCAAGUUGUUGACGAGAUAUUCCACUUUUAAGUUUAGGUUGGAGGAGAGUAGUAAUGCAUUAUUAACACGCUAUACUAAUAAUAAAUUAACAUUACGAUACUAUGAAAGAAAUAAUCCAAAUAUCGCAAUUAAUAUUUUCGUUGGCCUGAAACUUGGGAUCCAUUCGCCCAUCAACCAUUCACCACGUACUAAAAAUAUCUCGGGCUAUGGCCCCUAAAUAAUACUAUCUAAUACUAUCGUCACGCUACCGGCUCAAGUAUAUUGGACGUACGUGCGAUAGUAUCGUGACUGAAUAUUCGCAUUUUCACCUUAUUAUGAUUACAGAGUACGUAUAUACACGUGAUAGUAAUAAAUUAUCGUCCACGUUUUAACGUUCCGUCAAAGGUAUUUUUGUACAAUAUGUUUAUCGUAAAUUUAAACGUUUUUAAUAACUGUUGUGCCGCGGCUAAAACCGGCUGAUAAUAAUAUAAUAGCAUUUAGCCGUAAUUACAUUAACGUGGGUAUUUUCAUUUUACCGUGUAGCGGAAAAUUCACGCCACUUAUAUUUUUAUCAAAUUUAACCCGACGUAUAUAUUAUUAUACGUACAAAUAUAAAUAAAAUAUGGAAUUUAAUAUUUCGGAAAAAAAAAAAUAAAUUAACUGCGCAAAAUAUGCAUACCACGUUUCCAAUAUUUUCUGCGUAGUUACCAAAUAAAUACCUAUGUGUUUAUGUAUACAACAGGAUGCUCGGGAAACAAUUUCAUAUUCUCGAAUUUUCAGUCGAAAACAAGGUGCACAAUAUGGAAUAUUUCAUUUGACCCCAUUCUUUUGAAAUUACCGUUCGUCUUUGUUGACGUCAGCGGCAGCGUAUUUAUAUAUCCGGAUUCCCGGUCGAUUUUGAAACGCCAUUAAUCACGUUUCGUUUGAAACCCCGCAAGGUUUAUCCUACGAGCGUAUAUUGUGCAACAGUUCUAAACGUUUAAUGUAUUCGUAUCGUCAACAACCCUGAAAAUAAGUUUAUCGUCAACAAUUUUGUUUUACACGACGUAACCGAAACAGCAUAUUUAGGUACUUUCAGAUUCAAAUGAAUCGAGCGAACACACGGAACGACGCAAAUAAAACCCCACGACUCAUGAUGCUAUAAUGCGAAACGAAUAAACGAGUUGAUUGGGUCGAAUUGUAUAAACCGUAAACAAAAUAUGAACAAAUCACUUGUAAUAUCGUUGUGCAUUUUAAACACAUGGAUUGCUAGUAGAAUGGUGUUGAUAAAAACGUCACGAGUGAUGGUGAUGGUUUUGGAUUUAUUGUAUCAUAUAUAUACAUUUCAGUCAGUUGUUCGCAAUUUCGAAGGCGUCCAAAUUUGAAAUUCCCGCUAAUAUGUUAAAUUUUAUUCUAUUUGUUCAUAGAACUCUAGUUCAACUGCAGUUGUAUGAUAACUCCGCAUUUGGCAUUUGUAUUGCCCGAGAAAUUGGUAAUCCCGAAUGUCAAUGAAUACAACACUACAAAACGCAUAGCUUUGUGAAACGUGUAAAAUCUAGUUUCUUUGUUCCGAGUUUAAAACGACAAACUAGAUCGGAUUCCCUCCCUUCCCCGACUUCUGCGUCUCUAACUACGAUCAAAUAUUACUAUAUGGCGAAUUUCUGAUGGAUUCCUGCAAAGCACAGCAGGAAUUUGCAGCCAACUGAGUGCAAUAUGUAUAAUCUGAUUUUGAGAAUACAAUCGCGUUCUCAAGUGAAGUAAUGUGGGUGAUACAUAACCGCCCAAAGAGUUCUAGAACCCGAACUCUUUUUUUUUCCUUUUACAAUAACUUGUUAGAUCCAUUACAAAAUACAAAAUUUCAAGUGUCAAACAUGUCACAUUAUCAAUCAAAAUUGUUAAUCAAAUUAUGUGAUGUAGUCGAUUUUAUGAAUUUUUCUAUUUAUAUUUGUAUUUACUAUUAAUAUCAUUCCCAAAGAAACGUCCUAGUUACGUCACUGACGGAAUAAAAUAUAUUAAGUUUUGUUCCAACACGCAGAAUUAUCACAGAACUGAUGGGCGCAUGCGCAGUAGAGUUUUGUCAUUCCAACACACCAAAAAUGCAAACUCAAACUGUCAAACGGUUGUUCUAAUACGACAUCAAUCCAGUUUCGGGAUUGAUUUCUGAUAGUUAAAACGGUUUGCUGAUUCGAAUGGAGAAUAGUAGUCAGAGAUCCUGUUAUCAUUUAUUUAUUCUUCUUUGUUAAUUAUAUCAAUUAUUUCGUUUAAACGUGUAACCGUUUCAAAUAAAUUUGUAAAUUUCAAAACACACGCAUAACAAACGUUGUUUUGUUACAAACACACGAUUCAUUAUUAUGAGGUUUUACAUUUUAUAUAUGUUCUACAAUCAUGGACAAUCCGAGAAUUGGUCCGAAACGCAUCCCAACACUUACCAUAAAACUCCGAAUCUACGAUCAGUCUGCGUUAGCGUAUGCGCAGUAAAUCAAUCACAGAUCAGUCCACAACUGGUCCCAAAUUCCGUGUUAGAACAAACCUAUUAUGUAUAGUAGAAUAUUAUAAGUGUAGAGAAUAGUUAGAAUUGCGUAAAAAGACCUAACGCUUUCUAAACUGAAAACCGUUUCAAUGCAAUAUUCCCCCUUAGACUCGACACUCGACUUUCGGUAUAUUGAAUUCCGGAACGAAUAUCGAAAAGGCCUUCGUCAAAAUACUCGUUUAUUAGCGGGUAUAGCGACGAAUUCUGUAGUUAUGUGCACGAUUUUUAUUUUUUUCAAUCAGCCCCGAAACAUAAAAAAAACUUGUAGGCUCAGACGUUUCGACAAUACAAUUGGGUCACCGCGCUUUCGACAAUAAUAAACCGCUGCACGUGCUUUAUUCGCGACUUUUUACGGACACGGCGCGGGUUUCUCGCGGUUUGGCGACGUAUACGGUUUCGUUCUCGUAAAAAAAAUGCCGCGAAACGGAAACGAACGAAUAAAUAUAAAUGAAAACUGUCACGGUGUUACGCACAAUAAUAAUAAUAAUAUAUCAAGUUGCUGGCAAUUUUCUCGCCGCGAACUGUGUACACUGCUCGUAUUAUACCGAUAACAGCGUAUAAUGAUACAUCAUAUAUAUUCGUCAUUUAUACGAUCUAGCGAAUCCGACGGCGUCAAAAUAAACCCGACCCGGUUAAUAUACCGCACCAAUUAUACGGCUUGGAUAUGAUACUAUUAUAUUACGUGUUACGGUCAAUGAAUCGUUAUUUUAAUACAUUUUGCGUAAAAAAACAUCGGUUUGCGCUGGCGGCUUUUACGUUACAGUGGCUAUUAUAUAGACUAUUACCGAACCUUAAAGUAAGAAAAUGUUAUGUUUUCGAAAGUUUGUUUUUUUUUUCUCGGUAUUUUUAUUUUCAAACGAGUUACGAACAUGUGAAACGUUACAAUUUGAAAAUAACCAAAUCUGGAUUGAAAAUUAAAAUAUCGUGAAAAAAAUACCAAAAUAUAAACAUAGAUAAUGUUCAUUUGUUCGAUAAUAGGCUAAUACUUAAACUAGUAAAACUAAAAUGUACGUUUAAAUAAUGUUUUUCACCCGCCUUAAGACUCUAAUAACGAUAUUUAUAAAUUAAUUAUACCAGAAAUAAAAUUGCCAGAAAAAACACCGUCGAACCGUAUUACUUAACUUUAUUCAGCUAUAUUGACUACAUAAUGUAGGGUAUCAUAUUCGUAAGUAUAAGUAUAUUAAUAAUACACAACAAAAACUCUUCGCCUACAGCUAAGUGUGUUGAUGCUGAACACUUGUGAGAAACAUAAUAACUGGUGGUUUUUUUUUUUUACACGUAGCUGUAGGCGAAGUGUUUUUGUUAUGAUAUUACCACUUUUUUGCGAUUAUUAUCAAAAUGCAUCACUGAGAAAAUAUUGUUUUACAAUUUUUUUUUUUAGUUGAUCUAUUGAUCUAUUGUUAGUUACACAUUAUUAUUAGUAUUUCAGAAUACUUUCGGAUUACAUCCUAGUAACACCUAAAGGAAAUUUUAAUUUACGCAUACGUCUAUUGGUCCAUAUCGAUAUAUUUUCUUGGAAAAAAUUCUGAAAAUGAAUGCCCAUAACUUCCGUUCUGUUGAACCGAUUUGCAUGAAAUUAUAAAAAAGCACCUCUCGGUAAUAUUUGCAAUGUUUUGACAUAAACUAGAAGUCGAUUGAUUCUGUAGUUUUAUAGUUAUGCGUGCGCAAAAAACAUGAGCCGUUUUGCAUGUGUUUAAAUCGCCUACAGCUAAGUGUGUUGAUGCUGAACACUUGUGAGAAACAUAAUAACUGGUGAUUUUUUACUUAGCGCGUGCAACGACCGUUGCACUGGAUAAUACACAAAACUAAAGGCACCUCUGAUCUCUGAACUAGUCAAUCUUAAUCAACAUUCAACAUAUUUGGUCAUUCACCCACCCACCUAUUUUAGUCACGAGACAAUCGCCUCAAAAUAACCAACUCCGGCACGCCACUGUAGUGUUUAUUAUGUAAGAGUUUAUAAUUUAUACGCUCGAUCAGCCACGUAUACAGGUGGUGCGUUUUUAGACGGUUCGUCUCCCACGAAAUUUGAAAAAAGGCCACCGUAUACUAGUUUUGUCGUUCAAUAUAUUUAAUUUUUUGUGUCUAUGAACAUCCCCGGAAUUUGUUCACGAGUACGUGUCUGUGCUCGACGAUAUUGACGCCGAUUGAAAAAUCGGUUAUUACAAACGGAUCCCAUACUAAUCAUUUCUCGUUAAUGGUUUUAUUUUUUUUUUCUGCGCAGGACGUGCCAUUCAUAAACCCGGCGAACGUGGUGUUUGUGUACAUGUUGGUCCGGGACCUGGUAGACGAGCACCUGACCACGGAACUGGAACUGCAGGCGGAAGUGCUCACGUGCCUGUACCUGGCGUACUCGUACAUGGGCAACGAGAUAUCGUACCCGCUGAAGCCGUUCCUGGUGGAACACAACCGGGACGUGUUCUGGGACCGGUGCUUGGACAUCGUGCGCACCAUGUCGCCGCAGAUGUUGCGCAUAAACGCCGAGCCGGCGUACUUCACGGAGAUAUUCACCGAGCUCAAGGCGUGCGGCACGCUCAACAUGGUGUUGCAGACGACGGCGUGAUGAGCGCUGUCGCCGCUGCCGUCGAAGCCGCUCGCGGUAAACGCGACACCUGCACCGGUACGAUCUUCCGAAACUGCAGAGGGCGGCACUGCGGCCGAUGACAGUGGUGGUGAACACAAAAACAGCAACAACAACAAUCGCAGCGGCUACCGCAACAGCAACAACGACGGUGGCGGCGGCAACGUGCCGUCACUGCCGUCGAUUGUCGUACAAACGUCUUCCUCCCUGUUAUAGGUCGCCAUCAUAUAAUAUUACGGUUCCUUCGCCCGUCGUCGUCCCUCGGGGUUUAUCGAAUUCAUUAAUCUUCUUCCCCGCGGCUAUUAACGCCCCCCCCCCUCCGCGGAUCGUAUUAAUCAAUGCGAGCGGCGGCGACACCCGCGUAACUGGAACACAAUAUAAUAAUAUAAUAUGUUAAUUAGUCGAUUUUUUUCACUUUUUUUUUUCCGCCACAUUACUAAAUACCUAACUGUACAACCUAAGUGUAACCGUUGUCGAGUUUUCUGUCGAAACCCAUUUGCUCGUGUAAGCGCGGCGAGCUCGCGUGCACAUGCAACACUGGGGCGGUCGACGGCAGAGAACUGUUGACUAAAAUGAGGUCGUCACCGACGGCCGGGUUCUCGCCCUCUCCAUCACGAACAUCGUUUCUGACGUUUGCGGCAGGGUCGACGAACGAACACAAUCGUUUGUUCUGACGCGGGCGUCUCUGCAGAUAACAAUCGAAUAACCAAAGUCCGUCGGCGCAGCACUUCGCAAAACACGUUCCGUUACCAAUCGCAACGGACAUCAAAUCCGGAAACUGGACACUGGCCGCCGUACAUUUUAAUGCGUAAUAGUAUGUAAGCAGUUACGAGUGAGCUACGAACAUCCGUAACUAUAUGUUUUAAAUGUUAACUAUGUAAUUGCGUUCUUAUAAUAUAAGUGGUGGACGCGAUACUCGCGUUUACUUGGCUCGGUCUUACUACGACGGGACAUCGUAGCAAAAAGGUAACAAGGCAAUAACUGUUUUGUUUGGAAAUAUUUCAGGAAAAAGAAAAAUCAAUUACGCGAUGCCUGCGAAUGCAAUCUUCCCGUAACUCUGAUUUCAACGUAAGCUCUAAAAUUUCGAUUCUUAGCGACGCGAUUUUGGCAUUUCAUGUAAACGAUGCGAGUAUCGCGUUCUCUUAAGAUUCUCAUGACGAGCAUAUAAUAUCAUCUCGGUAAUAAUCUUAGCAAACGGCUGUUAGCGAAUUUAAGUUACUUAAUGGUUUUCACCCCCGAAACGCGUGAAACGCAUCGAAUAUGUUGACGGGAAAUGUAAAAAUCAAACGCGUACGAAUAGUAUUUCAUAAUUAUUGAAACGUUAUCAUUAAUCAAAUAAAAUGAUCACUAUAUAGAGUUCGGAUUUUGUAUACAGUUCUAUAAAAAAUUUUUAAAAAAAAAACACUAAAAUUCCUAAAAAAAAAAAAUGUACAUGCCGUAGAAAAUUUGAUCUAUUCCCUCCUAUGGCAUACAAAUAAAUAUUGGCUUUACACAUUUUUCAAAAACGUGUUUUAUUGUACAACACAUUUUGUAUGCAAUAAAAAAUGUAUUAACGAAAAAAAACUCCGGCAAAACAAAAAAAAUAAUAAAAGUAAUAAUUGGUAUAAUCAAGACGUACAACAAAACGUUCAUAUUAAAUUGGUACAAUAGAAAAAAAAUAAUAAGUAAUUGUCUACAACAUCCGUACUCCGACAUGUUAUUUGUGUAUUAUUAAUUUCGUUUCAUUAAAUCAAUAACACAACAAACAUCGUUAACCGACUUAACCCUAACCUAUAAAUAAAUUUGAUUAACCUAAUACAUAGCGAUCGGUUAUUUUUGUUUUUUUUUUUUUAAAUUUCGCUCCGACAUUACUGAAAACGAUGAAAAAAAAACCAAGAAUAAUAUUAUUAACGUAAAUUAUAAUGAUUAAACGGUAACGAUCACAUUUGAUACAUAUUCGGUUAACCUAUAUACCCAUAACUUACACCGUAUGGGGAUUAUACGCGUAUACUCAAAUUUACUCGAUCAAAAAAAAAAAAAAAACAAUUUGCUCAGCUUUUUCGCAAUGGCCCGACUCGAAGCUCACAGAAAAAAAAAAAAACUAUACAUUUUAUAUCGUACGCAUAGGUUUAAUAUUAUAAUAAUAUACGUAUAGAGGUAAUCGCUGUAAAAUGAUGGCCGCCGAUUAUUACUCCCGUGUUACCAGCCGUUUGUACACACAUAGAUACACGUUAUCUUCCAACAACUAAUUGCAUUUUAUUAUUGAUACAGCGAAAUUAUACUAACAGUAAUAUUAUGUGUGUUAGACAGUAUCUCUGUUGAAUAUUAUCAUUAUUAUUAUAGUAUCCGGGAUGGGCCGAUACCGCUUUUAACCGAUAUCCGAUACGUCUGAAGAAAACCCGAUACCCGAAAUCCAAUACCGCCGGUUGAUAUUGGAAUCGACCGAUAUAGAUCGAUAUCGAAGACCUCGGAAGACCCAACGGGGUAUCUUCAAUUCGUAGAAUAUUGUUCGGAAGCACAAAAACUACUUAAAAAAAAAAAAAAAAAAAAUCAAUAAUUUGUUUUGAAACUUUUACAAAAUAUAAUAUUAUAUUCUGAUAGAACACCUAUUGAUACAACUAUUCCCCUCUAUUAUAAUAUUGUAGUUAUUCCCAAAGACUUACCGUAACUUGCCAAUUGUUUAACUGUUCAACGAAAUUAUUCUAAUCACAUAUCAGAAAAUGUAAAAUCCCAACGUUUCCACGUUCCAAAGGCAUUAGACAUUAUUCUCGGAAAAUAUAUAAGGGUCGAAAACCGAUUUUUCUAAACACCCCCCCCCCCCCCCCCCNCCCCCCCCCGCCACGAUAUCAAGUAUUGGUUUGUGUGUCGGCCCACCCCUAUAACCAUUACUCAACGUCCAGGGGAUUCCGUUACGCAGCCGUUGGCAAGGCAUAAAAUAUGGCGUUAGUGCAGCGUUCUUUAUUCUAUUCUAUAUUACAUAAUAUUAUUUAAUAUUUUUUUAUCGAAGUACAUAUUAUUAUUAUUAUUAUAAAACAAAUACUAUUACAUAUAAAAAUAGAAUAAUUGAUGUUUUAUCGAAGAAGUAUUAUAUUACAUUAAUAAAUUAAAUUAAGCAUACAUAUAUAAGUGUCAUACCAUAACCUACGCAAUAACGUUUUCGUUUUUAUUUUUAAUUUUUGUAAUCCCCGGCCAUCACUGUCGCACAACAUCGCCGAAAAUAAUCUCUGGUAAAAUACACUAUUACAACGUUACACGUAUAGGUUGCAUAUAGGUACUCGAUAUUGGUCACUGUAAUCAUAAUAUCGUGUCCACAGUUAUAUAUUAUAACGUUAGACGGAGUUUUUUAACCUAACCUCUAUAAGUACCUAACCCUACGAACGCACUCGUCCCGGCGAGAAUAAUACAUUUUAAUUUUUCGAUUUGUUUUUGUUUUUGUUUUUUUCUAUCAAUAUUCGUUUCGAAACAAAAUCGUUAUGUAAAAAAUUGUUUUCGAGGCGAUUUCUUUUUAUUUCUCGGUAAUCCAAACGUGCAGUGCAUUUCCGGGCCGGACCACUGCGUUUCCCCAGUGUAAUACGUCUUAUGCUAUUAUAAUACUGAUAUUAACUGCAGUGUCACGUGCACAUUACCUGCAGCAGCAACAGCAGCAGUAGCGGUCCCCCGUACUUGACUACAUCUGUCGUUCGGACUACCGUAAAGCACGGGUUCAAAAUUCCUCUUUUUUUUUUUUAUUUUUUUUUUUAUUUACUAAUGAAAAGAAAUUAUUAUUAUUAUUAUUAUUAUUAGUAAUAGUGGUAGUAGUAUAUAUUUAUAUAUUUAUUACGAUAAUUAUUGAUAUUAAUUAUAUUAAUCCGAAUAGGUUUAGGUUGUAUUUGUAAUAUAAAUGUUAAAAUUGUUUAUCGAAUUAAAUUUGAGCGGCCGUACAGUGCAAUAUAUGCUUUACGCUGAAUCUAUAAUAAAUACAAUAUAUAUAUAUAUAUAUAUAUAUAUAUACAUAUUAUAUUAUAUGUUUAGAAAAAAAAACGAUUUCAGAUUGAACACGGUGUUAGAAUAAUGAAAACAAUAUCCUAUUACUUUUAUACGAUUUCAGUAUUCCAUACAAAACAUUCCAUUACUAUUAUUAUUGCCGACUGUAUAAUAAUAUUAAUUUUAAAAUAAAAAUAAAAAAAAAAAAAAAAAAAAACAUAUAUAUAUAUAUAUAUAAAAAUUAAUUUUCGACUAUAUUAAUAUGUUAUAUUAAAAAUAUUUCCCCUUCAGAAGACUGACGUUGAAAAAAUAUAAAUUUUUUUCCUCGAUCAUUUUUACUCCCACUUUUUUUUUAAAGCCCUCCAUAUUACAAGCGAUUUAAGAUUAAUAUUAAAAACACACACACACACACACACACACACAUACACACAUACACACAUACACACACAUACUCACACACGAUUGCAUAUUAUCAUUAUUAUUACUAUUACGUUUUAUUAGUUUUUUAAGGCUGGGAAGCUGCAAUUCCGUAGGCUUAAGUAUAUAAUAUUAAUAAUAUUAUAAUAUAAUAUAUCGUUAUUAUUAUCUUUUUAUCUAAAUAUAUAUAUAUAUAUAUAUAUAUAUUUACCAUUUAACAGUCGUGUAACGAUUAUAUAAGGUUAUACAGUUGAUUUUAAAUAUUGUAUAUUUUUUAACGAUACAUUAUAUUUAAUAAUUAUAUAUUUGAUGUAUUCGAAAAUCAACGGUAAAACCGGUCUACACCGACUAUAAAAAAUUCCUCUAAAUAAUAAUAAUAAUAAUAUUGUUUGUUUGUUUUUUUUUUUUUUUCUUAACGCUAAGUGUUCUUAAAAUAAUAUAAUAUUAUGUUUAGCUUACGAUAAUAACAUUAUUAUUAUUAUUAUUAUAAUGAUGAGUAUAAUAAACCGUUACCGUGACGAAUGUGGCCAUUUCAAUGCGAUAAUCGUAUUCUCUCCUCGGACGUCAGGGCCGUCCUCCCCUUUUAUCGGAAGAUGGGGGUGUGCAAUAUUGUUAUAAUUGGCCCCCGGGGACGAGUACGAUAAAUAUUAAUAUUAUAAUAACUAGUUUAUAGGCGUUUUUAUUUUAUUCUUUUGUUGCAAUUUUCGUUUUUGUUCAUUUUUACGUUGAUAACGUUAUUUUUAAAUCGGUCGUGCGGGUGGCAGUGGUAGCGGUAUACCGUAUAUGUUAACAUAAAAUAAAAAUGCUACCAGCUGCUACGACGCCGAUCGAAAAAGGGAGUGGAAUAACUAGUCAUCGUGUACGCGAUUUCGCGAUUGUAGUUUCUCGUCCAGAGAGACCGUCCGAAUCCGUCACGACUUUUAGCUUAUAAGUCUUACCGCUUAAGUAUUUAUAUUUAUAAAAUUAAUUAAUAUAUAAUUUAAGAUUUAAGUAUAUUGUGUUAACGUGGCCGGCAUAGUAUUAUUAUUAUUAUUGUGUUUUCCAUUUUCCACGUUUAGAAUAUAAAAUAAUAUAAUUUUAAGGUUUUUUUUUUUUUUUAUCAAAAAUAUUAUUCUAUAGAUUAGGGAUGUUCUCGGUUUCAAAUUUAAUAUUCAGACUCGAAAAUGACAAAAACCCCAAAAAAAUAUCACAACGGUUACUUUUGAACACCCGUCGUCGUCGGAUUCCUUUCUUUCGUCCGUCACCGCUCUUUCACUGUUGACAAAAAUAAAACAUAAUUAUAACAUACCUAUACCCGCCAGUUACAAUAUGACGGCCGCACUUUUUCACUUUUUCAAAAUCACAGCAUUACGUGAUAUACAUAAUAAAAUUUAGUCGAACAUCUCUGUAAUAUUUUUUUUAAUGUUUAAUAUUAUAUAGUCAUAUUAUUAUAAUAUAUUAUAAGUGUUUUAAACGUAUAAUAAUAAGUUUAAGAUAUUUACUAUUAAUGAACGGUGAAAAAUGGCCGUUCAGUAUAACAUAUAAUAUAGGUGCGAGUAUAUUAUAAUACAGAGAACUGCAGGGACUCGGCGAAUCAUAUUAAAGGGGUUCGAAACAGCGCGGCUAUGCCUUUCUUUGUCUUGACACAUACACGACAUAGCAUUUUAGACAGAUUUUUUGACCAUUUCGACGUGGCUAAGCGACAAGAAUCAUGUACACAGAUUUGAACCCAGCGCGAAGUGUACACGAGAUCGGCCAGGCAUUUCUCGGUAUAAACGUUGAAAUUGGAUUUUCGGAAACGAUGGUUGGAAUUCGAAAAAAUGACCCGACUACACUCAUAUACACUGCGCUCGUUGCAUUCCAAUCUGUUUUCGGACCUCUUACCGUUUCAAUACGUAGUCGAUCGACAACCAAUCGAUGUGUAUCGAUCGCUACGCUACGUAUAUGCGUGUUAGACAAAGAAAGAUAAUGGAAUCCGCGUUAGUUUUCGAAUCCCCUUAUGUUCAAUAUCUCAUCACUGAGAGUGUUCUGCAAUCGUAUAUCUACAUUAUAUUAUACGGAACGAUCAUUUUUCACCGGUGUUUUCUAUUUAUUUUUUUUUUUCUAAUUUCUGUUAAACGUAAUUUUUGAUUUCGUUUCGUUUAUGUUGUUUUUUUUUUUUGAAAUGAAAAAAAAAACAUAAGAGGCAAGCUUCAAAUGAUCUCAUGUUUUAGCUUUUCAUGACGACCACGUUGAAAAAUGUCGUCGUUUAGUCAUUUGUCCCCGGGAUAUUCGAUUAUAAUGAUAUAUAACUAUAAUUCUUCUAUAAUUAUUAUUAUAAAAUAGGUACCCAUAUAUAGGUAUCCCUCUCUUGCGCGGCGUGUAAUACUUAAACAAAAUUAUAAUAUUAUAGGUACCCUACUCCUUCGUAUACACCUUUGUACUUAUUAAAUUCUAUAUAUAAUUACGGUUACGAUUAUGAUUACGUUAUGUUAAUGGUUUAGCUUAGCUGGGCUUUAUGAUAUAAUAUAUACCCAAGUGUGUGUGCAAUUUAAUAAAAUAUUGAAUAAAUAAUAAUAAUAAUCGGUUAUUAUUAUAAAAAUAUUGAUUUUUUUUUAUUUUAUAUAUGUAUACAGAAUAUUAUUAAUUUAUUAUAAAUGUAUUUUUCAUCCCCUCCCCGAAAGAAAAUCACAGCCGUAUAACAAAUAGAACAAAAAAAAAAAAAAAAAAAGAAAUCAACUAUACAUAAAUUUACAUUUGAAUGUUUAAUGAUAUGAUGAUGUUUAUAUAAUAUAUUUAUGUAUAAAUAAUAAUAUAUGAACUUGAAAUUAUACGGGUUCAUUUGUGUACUUGUCUGUAUAAUAGUAAUUAAAAAAAAAAAAAAAAAUACAUGUGUUUUGUGUUCUGAUAUACAAAUAUUUGUUAGUAAACUUGUAAUAAUAAUUAAAAUAUUUUUAUUUUUUAUUCGUGAUUCUUGUCAUUUUAAAAUUAUUUUUUUACUUUUUCUUUUUUUUCUUUAUAAUAUGAUAAUAUUAUUACGUUUUUCUUUUUUCUUCUGUUAUUAAUAUUAACGAGUGUGUUAAAUGGAUACAAUUAAUGGUCAAU